AUGACUUCAUCUGCAACGAUUCCUGUUCCUGCUGUAGUCCAGAAAUUCUUCUCAAAAUUCCCUCUAUACACUUAUCCAUAUGAUGAUUCAGAGUCCCUUAGACUAGCAUCCUCCCGCCAGACGCGUCCAACUCUCUGGAUAGCCCCUCCCAACUCCACAAAAGACGUACUCUCCACGGACGCCGAGUGUCUAAAAUGGCAAGCGUACAUAGCCUUGCGAGGCGUCAAGAACGUUGGCUUGCGCUGGGACAUUGCAGCUGAAGGUGCCGUAGACGGCCGAUUACCCAGCUUGGUUGCGUAUGAGGGAGGAAAGCCGGAAGUACUUGGGGCGCGUAUGAUACCUGGCUGGGUGGAUGGUGUUUUACAGGUGGAGGAAGACGCUUUUGAAGGAUAUAGGGACACUGCUAUGAAAGAUGAGAGUCGUGCAUGGGUUGCUCUGCUAGAAGGGACUGUACACAGUGCACUCAUGCUGUUCAAUCCAGCUCCCAAAACGCUAAAAUCCUUCCUACUGUACACACCUCAUGUCCCUACCGGUCAUUCAGCUUCACCAAAUCAACCCAGCCUCUCAAUGCUCCUCAGUCCACCACCUGCUCCGCUCUCCGGCUUCACAACCGUCUUCCCUUUGUACGGAGAACGGGUUUCCCGCGCGUCUAUCAAGUCUCAAUAUCGCGAUGCGAUAAAGUCCUUGAGUGAUAGACUCGGUAAUGAUACUUGGUUCCUCGGGUCUUCCGGACCGACGGCUCUCGACGCACUUGUUUUCGCGUACUUACGUUGCCUACUUGCUGGACCGGACGAACUUAGGACAGAGGUUGUGCAUAGGCUGAACCUUUGCGAAUGGGAAAGGCGUGUGCGCGAGAUUGUACAGUCAUCUUUCGUGCUUUCUUCAGCGUAGAUUUGGAUAAUGUUACGUUCAUUAGAGUAUUCCGGUUAUUUCGAGAUAUUAAGUUUCAAAAGGGCAGAGGUCCGAUUCUCGUUUUGCCCUUAAUAAUUAUAUAUCUCUGUUAACUGUGACAAC